AAUACAUAAGAAGAUUUGAUUUUCAAAGACUUGCACUAAGAUUAAUGAUAGUGUAUCAAGGUAAACCCGAAGAAUUUCGCCCUGAAAUAAUAUUAGAACGGGAUGUAGCACCGGGUAUAUCUUUGGUGACACAGACUAGCGGCAUGAUACUUAACGAAUUGGCAAAUAUACAUAAUAUCAACUUCAAUUAUAGUAUAUGUGACAGAUGGGUUGGAGAUUAUAAAAGAGAAAGUCCAAAUGCUGUGACAAAUUCUUUGUAUUUUAAGGAAAUUGAUAUAACACCAACAUUACGUUUUUUACCUUCUCAUAUGGACUACUAUGAUGUUAUACACCAAUAUGUAACAUAUGCUGAAGGUAAAUACUUCUACCGCAUCCCAACUACUGGAGUGGGUAAGUUUGAAAACCAAUUCCUCACACCAUUUACCCGAGAUGUCUGGUUAACUGUGAUCGGAGUAAUAUCGUUAUGUGGUCUUGGCCUGUUAUUGAGCGCAAAACUGGAGAAUCGACCGAAUUCAGGGCAUUAUGCGUUUUUCUCAGUUGUGGCAUUAUCUUGUCAACAAUUUUUUGAAGAUAUAGAUGACAGUGUUGUAAAGAGGAACUCCACGGCUCGAAAGCUUACUAUUCUAGUAACUGGUAUAUCAUGCGUUCUGAUUUUCAACUACUACACAAGCAGUGUCGUCAGUUGGUUGCUGAACGGACCACCACCAUCCAUCAACUCUUUAUGGGAACUGAUGGAUAGCCCUUUGGAACCGAUCUUUGAGGACGUUGGUUACACCUGGUCCUGGCUUCAGCUACCCGAUUAUUAUUACAAUAAAAAGAACGCACGCGCUGAAGAUGUUUUAAAGAAGAGAAUUAAAAAGAAAGGAAACUUAAUUCUUACAACCCCAAUGAAGGGUGUGGAAAUGGUUAGAACUGGAGCAUAUGCUUUCCACUGCGAUGCGAACAGUGCUAAUAAAUACAUAGCGGAAACUUUCACGCCGAAAGAGCUCUGUGAUUUGGAUUCUUUGCCUUCAUUUGAUAAAGCACUAUUGUAUACAUCGGUUCAGAAAAAUAGUCCUUACAGAGAGUUCUUUAUUUGGAGGUAA